GCAUUACUCACUGCCUCCUUUAAGAAGCUGUGAAGGAAGCGAAUUCUUACGGCUUCUCUUUUUUUCCUGUUGUUUUUGGGCUGUUUGGCAGUGAACUCCCCGCCAUGCCUGAACCAUCUAAGUCCGCUCCGGCCCCGAAGAAGGGCUCCAAGAAGGCGGUGACCAAGGCGCAGAAGAAGGACGGCAAGAAGCGCAAGCGCAGCCGCAAGGAGAGCUACUCCGUGUACGUGUACAAGGUGCUGAAGCAGGUCCACCCGGACACCGGCAUCUCGUCCAAGGCCAUGGGCAUCAUGAAUUCGUUCGUGAACGACAUUUUCGAGCGCAUCGCGGGCGAGGCGUCGCGCCUGGCUCAUUACAACAAGCGCUCGACCAUCACAUCCAGGGAGAUCCAGACGGCCGUGCGCCUCCUGCUUCCCGGAGAGCUGGCCAAGCACGCCGUGUCUGAGGGCACCAAGGCCGUCACCAAGUACACCAGCUCUAAGUGAGCCGGCCCGCCACGGAGUGAUCGAACUACAUCCAUCACUUCGCGAUCCUGCUGAAGCCAUCAGUGCAAUUAAACUCAUCAGAGUACUCAGAACAACGUCCACUAUGGAUUCUUCACUUCUGUCAUCCUGACAGUCCUCCGAUACAUUUUCAUUGGAUCCGAAAUCUUGGUGGAGGAAAAUUCCUGAACACUAUCCUCACUUCUUAAGGUGGAAUGCUUAUCUCUUUAGGCUAAAUGAGACUGUAGCUGUUGCUUCCUUCAAACCUAGUGUUAAAUUUUGGCAGUGACCACACCGUGGGACAUAGACUUCUAAAAGCCACAAACCAUGACUUUGAAUAGUUUUUCAGUUGUAAUUUGAUGGAGUUAAGAAAUAUAGAAUACAUGUAUAUGAAUACAUGUAUGUGAAUAAAUGUAUAUUAAUAAAUAUACAUUUAUCUGUAUCAUGUGCUGCUGCUCUAAUGUUCCAGACUUCAGUCUAUCCUAUGUAGGAAGGUGAAAGCUUGCAAUAGUCCUUUAAGGCCAUUCUCAUUUCAUAUCUAUUUUCUAGAUGAACAAACUAAUGCACAGAGAAGGGGAGUAUUUUGUCUAAAUAGCUAGAGGAUCAAUGAUAGAGUCAGUUUUUAAGCCUCAUGGUAGUGGCCAUCACUGUAAAAAUGAUGUAUUUUGUGGUCAUUCUUUCAAAACAAAUAAAGAAAUGGAGAUGGGCCAUUUGUAUUUGUUUUAAUAGUGAAAAAGUUGCCAUUCUUUAUUUGGGGGAAAAAAAAAAGUUUAUCCUUCUUGUUCCCAAGAACAGAAAAGAAAAAAAAGGGCAGUUUAUUAUUUUUUUUCUUGGCAAACACUGGUCCAGCUCUCUUUAGAGGGUCCUGUAGCCCUACUCUUACCAUCACACAAUUAAUAACUUUUGCCUUUCCUGUGGGAAACAAGCGUGUAUAACAAAGUCUGCCUGUUGAUUAUAAUACUGAAAUUAAAAAAAAAAACAAAACUGAAACCUGUUUCUAACUUUUCCAAAAGACAGUGUUCGAAAAUUACAACUUAAAUUCAUCUAGUGCUUGUACAUAGACUCUAUUUCAUCUGUUGGAAAUGUGUGUCAAUUUGCUGUUAUGUCAUGCUACCAAGGAGCAGAGAGAAACCUGCCCACUGAAACUUCUGUGUGAGACAUGGAAUUAUAUCUCUUAUGUGACCAUCAUUUCUGCCUUGAAGGCGGUAAUGAAAUUGACAAGAAGUCCCUCCCUGAAGCAGCAGCCCACCUGGGAAGACCGUUUAUAUUCAUUUUCCUAGAGGGUCAGCAAUUCAGAUUCCCCCAAGUGAAAGGCUUAAACUUUCACUGUGGAUGAGACCUGACUGCUGUUUAAUUAUUUUGGAUAAUGGAUGCUAAACAUUAACCUAUCCUUAUUCUUAGUUUCUUUUGUCCUCCUCAUUCCAAAGGAUCAAAACUAGGUGUAGUCCAGGGAAGGGAGUCAUAAGGUCCUGAUUUCUAUGGGCUGUUCUACUUAAAGGAAGGCAGCUUCAAUGGGGAAAAAUCUUCCCCCCUAUCAAAAUGUAACCAUAUUUAGGGAUAGAGUCUUUAAAUAGGUAAUUAAAUUAAAAUGAGGUCAUUGGAGAGUGAUUGGGUCCUGAUCCAGUAUGACCAGUGUUCUCUUAAAAGAGGAAAUUUGGACACAGACAGGCAUAGAGGGAACAUAUGUGAAGACAGAGGGGAAAACAUGGCCAUCUAUGCUAAGGAGAGGGCCUAGAACCCAUCCUUCCCUCAUGGCCCUCAGAAGGAAGUAAGUCUUCUGGCACUUUGAUCUCAGGUUUCUAGAUUCCAGAAGAAUGAGAAAACAAUUUUCUGUUUUUUCAACCACCCAGACUCCCAGAUGGGAGUACCUUCUUAAUGCCAGUGGUGAAGGUGAAAGUGAAGUUGCUCAGUCGUGUCCAACUCUUUUCGACCCCUUGGACUGUAGCCUACCAGGCUCCUCCGUCCAGGGGAUUUUCCAGGCAAGCAUAUGGGAGUGGGUUGCAAUUUCCUUCUCCAGGAGAUCUUCCCUACCCAGAGACUGAACCAUUGUCUUCUGAAUUGUAGGCAGACGCUUUAAUGUCUAAGCCACCCAGGAAAUCUGCCAGUAGCAGUAACAUAGCAGCCAGUAACAUAAAUAUAAUGCUACAAUCCCGAUCCUCUGUCUCUUUACCUGUAGACCAAAGAUACUAUUAGCACUUACCUCCUUAGACUGAAAAAAUAAAUUGAAAAAAAAGAAAAAUUAAAUAAUGCACAGAGUCUAAAGAUAAUAUACACUUAACACAUGGCAGCCAAUAACUAAUGUGACUUUCCCCCCCAUAUGUCAAAAGCAAGAUGUAAAUGCCAUAUAAUUUAGUCCUUGAGGGCAGAUCUUUGAGUAGAGCCAUAACAUAAACCCUGACAUUCAGUAAUCCCGUAAAUGACAAAAUAUUAGAGCAAGUUAAAUAAAAAACUUCCAGAUGUAUAAGGAGAUAAAGUAAAUGAAAUAUACGAGAACAAAAUGCUAAAGAUGGAAAAACUGAAUAGAGUGCCAAAGCAGGUCAUUCUGAUAUUCUGAACUAAUAAGAGAAUACCUGAAAGCAACCUAAACAGGUAGAAGUAGCACAGGCCCCAGAAAACCAUUUGAGACUGAGGUUAUGCCAAUACUUGCUAGCUGGAUAUGUUGGAUUUUAUUUUAGUGAACCCAUGUGUAUGAUCAGGCCACACAAGAUGGCUGUUCUCUUGCUCUCUGUACAUUCCCUGUGUGAACAGCCCCUGCUUUACAUUAUCCCACUCAUAGGACUGACCUUUUUUCUUUAUCAUAGAGAUUAAACUUCUUCAGUGCUUGCCCCCUGUUCCAACCAGUAAUUGUUGUAUUCUUAGAACAGAAUAGCUCUAGCAUGCUGGGUUAAUAAAGAGAAACUUUGAUGGUUGUUAACCAAAGGAACUGUGAAGGAGGUCAUUUGUUGGUUUCCCUGGUAGUUGAUGAGCUCACAUGACAUCCAUUCCCACUGUAAUUGAUACACCUCACCACCUUACCCCCAUGAAGACUGCUGCCUUGUCCUGUCUGCUGUUGGUACACAGUGGGGAGUCACUCUAGAACUCUGCUUCAGACCUGUAAGAUACCCUAGCCAAUAAACUGUUGAUGUCUCU